CAAAUCGUUUUAAAAAAUCGUUCUCGUUAUUUCAAAUUUCUGUUGACUAUAAAAGCACUUGAAAAAUUUUACUGAGGUGGCAUCAUUAAAUAAAAAUUUAACGAAACUGUGUUAACAGGAGUGCCAACAAAAAUUAUUAAACAACUUGAGUUACAAAUGGUAUGCUCAUAUUGCGUGCCUAAUCUUUUGUGUUGAAAAUAGUUUUUUUAACGAAAAUAGCAAAUUAUUUUUCGUAAAUAAAAACUUAUAAACAAAAAUUAUACAAAAUGCCAAACCGUGGCGGGUAUCGUUCAAAUACCAAUGAAACCAAUCGUUUCCAUAGCUUUUUAAAUCGUAGCAAUGAACAUGAUAAUCGUGGCAAUAACAAGGAUUCCACUAAAGGUAUACGCCGUGUCCGUUUCAAGCACAAUCGUAAGAAUGAAAUUUCUGAACAUGCUGCACAUGCACGCUUGGAAGAGGAUGAUACCAUGAGUUUCGAAUUAUCGAAGUAUGGUGGAGGAUUCCGUCGUAAAGGUUCACCAGUACCAGCAGGAAAAUUCAAUAAAUUGAAUGUUAGCGAUUUUGGAUGGUACCAAGUCACGAUCCAUGGCGGUCACCGUUACUCACGGGAUGAUGUUGUACGUGAAUUACUUAAUGCUUUGCAUCCGAUGGUAUUCAUGCCUUGUUAUUGGCGGAUUGAGAAAAAUUCCAUUGUUUUCUACUUGGAAGAUUAUACUGUUGCUGAAAAGCUAAAAUUUUAUGAAAAACCUAUUCAAAUGAAUGAUGGUUUUCGUUUACAUUUACGUGUACGUGAUGGUUUCCCUUAUAUUACAGUCGAUGAUAACCUAAAACAAAAAAUUGCGCUAGCUAUGACAUACAAAUAUGAUCGAGGAACUAAAUGUAUGGAUUUGAGCUGUUUUCAUAAAGAUCCCAAUUUCAAAAGCGAGUUUUGUGCUUUGAUUCGUCCCAACGUUAUGUCAGCGGUACUUAACAUAAUGACGGAGUUUACUCCAGACGUUGAGAUACUUAACUUAAGUCAAAACUUUUUAACAAAUUUGGAAGGAUUUAAAAAUACAUCUACUCGAUUACCUAAGUUAAAAACGCUGUAUUUGGAUAAUAAUAAGAUUAUGUCAUUGGCUAAUUUGUUGGUUCUUCGCGACAUGAAACUUGUUGAAUUAACUUUAAUGGGUAACCCUUUACGCAAUCGUUUCAAGGAACAAAAGUUUUAUAUCAGUGAGGUCCGUCGUAAAUUUCCACAAUUGAAAAAACUGGAUGGAGCUGAGUUAUUGCCUCUAGUUUCGUUAGACUCAUACCAAGGUAAAUUACCAAAAUCGCACGCAUCAUGUUUGAUUCAGGAGUCAGCUGCUUCCAUGCUCCAGACUUUCCUAAGCCAAUAUUUUCUAAUAUUCGAUUCAGAGAAUCGCCAACCGUUGUUGGAUGCUUAUCAUGAGAAAGCAUUAAUGUCGAUUAGUGUAGCACCAGCAAGCCAAGCUGGCAGAUUAUCAUCAUUCUGGAAAUAUAACCGCAAUUUGAAGCGAUUAGUUGCUAAUGAUUCACAAACUCGAAAUAUGAAAAUCGGUCCUUUAGCAAUUGUUUCAACACUUGCGGAAUGGCCUCGUGUUAUACAUGAUAAAUCUUCUUUUACUGUGGAUUUGACUUUUAUUUCGGACGAAGUUGUGAUAUUUACAGUCACUGGAUUGUUUCAAGAGGUCGAUACUAGCCCAACCGCAACCAACGGUAAUAUUCGGACUUUCGCACGUACAUACUUUCUUUUGCGUACCGGAAAUACAUUGGCCAUUCGUAAUGAAUUGAUUUAUAUAUCAAAUGCUACUCAAGCACAAAGUAAAUCGUUUAUGAAAAAAUCUGUGGGUAUGACUGAAGCACAAAAUUCUACAAUGACCAAUAUGCAAGCUGCUACCAACAUCCAAUCUCGUCUGCAACCAGGAGCAUCUGCCGAUGCAAUGUAUUUACCAAACGCAAUGAGUCAAAUAAAUUUGAAUGGUGCGUCUACAUCUGCAGCAGCCAUGCAGUUACCUAAUGCAAUUAAUCAAAUAAAUAUAAAUCAAGCUUCUACAAGUGGAAUGCAGUUACCUUUAGCGGUUCAAGGAAAUAUCAAUGAAAAUGCAACUAGCAACGUAGCUAAUAUCGGUAUACCAGAUGACGCUACUAAAAUACGUAUGGUGCACGCUUUGCAUGAAAAGAGCAAGAUGAAUUUCAUGUUCUGUGAGAAGUGUCUCUCUGAAAAUCAAUGGGAUUUCGAUACCGCUUGUCACAUGUUUGAGAAGGCAUACAACGAAGGCCGGAUUCCACCAGAUGCAUUUAAAUUAUCAUAAAAAAUUAAAUAUCAAUUUUUUUCAAAUAAUUUUAAUUUUUUUAUUCUAAAGAGAA